AUGGCUCCUCCAGCAGCUGAUGUUGAUAUUCAAAGCCCCUCAGACGUGCUCAACGUUCCUGUCAAGGCGACGCUCAACGCAGUCAAGAGCAGCAGCAGCUCUCGGCUUACAGGGCCGCUCAAAUAUGGCGGCAGUCUGGACGCCGAGGAGCAAUUUGAUGUUACCAAUGUGAUCGGGCGCGAGUUCCCAAAGCUGCAGCUCAGCGAGAUUCUCCAUGAUGAUACCAAGAUCAGAGAUCUUGCCAUUCUCGUCUCCCAGAGGGGCGUGAUUUUCUUCCGGAAUCAGGACAUUAGUGUUGAUGACCAGAAGCUGCUGGGCCAGAGACUCGGCGAGCUCACUGGAAAGCCAGAGACGUCUAAGCUUCACCGUCAUGCCUUGUCUAACAGCAAGCGAGGCAUUGCUGUCGACGAAAAUGGCAAGCUCGACGAUGAGAUCUCUGUCAUCUCGUCUGAGCAGAACCGCAAGUUUUACAACGACAGGUUCAGCUGGUCGUCCAAGAAGAUUGCGAGCCACGGCUGGCAUGCAGACAUCACCUUUGAGAACAUCCCAUCCGACUAUGCCAUUCUGAAGAUCCUCCAGCCUCCCGCCGACGCUGGUGGUGACACACUCUGGGCAUCUGGCUAUGAGGCCUAUGACCGCCUUUCUCCCCCGAUCCAGAAGUUGGCGGAGUCGUUGACGGCCACUCAUCAUCAGCCUAACUUUGUCAAAGUACAGAAUGAUUUCGGUGAAGAACUCAUUGAUGACUACCGUGGUGCCCCUGAAAACAAGGGACUGGACUUUAAAGCCUCGCAUCCUGUCGUUCGAACCAAUCCCGUCACGGGCUGGAAGUCUCUCUUUGGGGCUGCUCAUCAAAUUGCGCACGGCUGGAUCGACGGAGUUACAGAGAGGGAAAGCGAGAUCCUCAAGGCAUACUUCCUGGAACUCAUCACCGGCAACCACGAUUUGCAGGUUCGCUUCCGUUGGAACAAGAAUGAUCUCGCGAUCUGGGACAAUCGUUCUGUCUUCCACACGGCCACCAAUGACUACGUUGGUAAGCGCCAGGGCAACCGGGUGGUGUCAUUGGGAGAGAAGCCGUACUACGAUCCCAACUCCGUCUCGCGACGAGAGGCUCUCGGGGAAGCAGCGUGA